GCGAGGCUCUGCAACUCUCUGCGAGGCUCUGCGAGGCUCUGCAACUCUCUGCAAGGCUCUGCAAGGCUCUGCAUUGCUCUGCAUUUUCAUACUGGACAAAGCCGCCCCACGCUCUCUCGCGAUGAGCAGCGACACGGAGCUCGGUUUGAAGGAGGUGGAGCUCAAUGAGCUGGAUGCGGAAAAGCAGCCAAUGACGGGGGAGGGGAGCCCGGCUGCGGGGGCCGAGAAGAACGGCUGCGUGAAGGUGAAGGUGCUGGAGGAGGAGGAGGGGGUGAAGUUCACAGGGCUGUCGAAGGAGGAGCUGCUCAAGGUGGCCGGGACUCCGGGCUGGGUCCGGACCCGCUGGGUUCUGCUGAUUCUGUUCUGGCUCGGCUGGCUGGGCAUGCUGGCCGCGGCCGUGGCCAUCAUCGUCCAAGCGCCGCGCUGCCAGCCCGUCCCGGAGCAGAGCUGGUGGCACAAGGGCGCCCUCUACAGGAUUGGGGCCGUUGCUGCAUUCAUGGACUCCAAUGGCGACGGGACGGGGGACCUGGCAGGAAUCGCCCAGCGCAUCGACGAGCUGAACCAGUUGAAGAUCAAGGGGCUGGUACUGGGACCAGUACACAAAAGCCUUCGGGACACAGACUCUAAUCUGGAUCUGACGGCCAUCGACCCCUCCCUGGGCAGCAUGGAGAAUUUCACCAGGCUGCUCGAAGUGGCUCAGAAGAAAAGUAUUCGAGUGAUCCUCGAUCUCACUCCGAAUUACAAAGGGGAGAAGCCCUGGUUCAGUGAGGCUUACCUGAAGAACAGCCAAGAGAAAGUCAAGGAAGCGUUUCGGUUCUGGUUGGGUCGCGGGGUGGACGGGAUCCAGCUGUCUGGUGUGGAGGAGCUGGUGGAGAUGCAGCCGCAGCUAUGGGAUGAGCUGAGGAACCUG